UGUAAGAUCCUGCGAUCCAAGCACCAAGACCGGAAUGUGCCAGUGCUGCAACAGAUGUACAUUAAAUGUCCAUGCCUGAACUGCGCCUGCAACGGGCAGGUGGUUCAGCAGAAGCGGGUAACCAUCCCUGUGCCGGCUGGCGUUGAUGAUGGACAGACGGUACGAAACAAGGAGCUGUCCAUUACAUUCAACGUAUGGAAGAGUCGCUACUUCCGCCGACACGAUUUCGAUGUGCUCACUGACGGGUGCAGGACGUCUACAAAGAUCAGGCCACGUGUUUUUAAACGGGCCAACAACUAUGGCACCGGUGACCAUUUAAACCAGAUCCCGAUCAAGCUAGACAAGCAGCGUACGAAAUAAGAGUAAUGAUCCUCUGGACUGGAUCAGGUUCAUCUAAUUCUUCAACAAAUUCCACAUCAUCGUAACUCUCCAGGUCUUCAUCGUGCACAUCGAAAUCAACGUCUCCUUUUUCAGUGAGGAUAAGUUCGCUUAGCGCCCGAAAGAUGAUUGUUCUAGUGACUUAACCACACGAUGAAACCGGUUCUCAGAUCAAAUUAUAAGAAAGAUCAACUCGGAGGAUCGAAGUUAUAUUUCAUCCUCGGCGUUGCACGGGUCUUCGUAUGGUACGUGUAUUACACCAGAAACUCGAAGUUUGGAGCACGCUUA